CACCUUCCAAAUUUUAGUCUAUGGUUGCUGUUCAUUGUUUUUCUACAAUGUUAUUUUUCUGAUUGCUGCUGGUGGACUAAAAGUUGGUCUCGCUGCGACCAGUGUGAUUUUGUGCUAGUGUUCGUGCUCGAUAUUGUGAUUUAUUCGAAAUAGAUCACGAAGAUGUCGUCACCGAGCGCUGGGAAACGUCGCAUGGACACAGAUGUCAUCAAACUUAUUGAAAGUAAGCACGAGGUGACAAUAUUGGGCGGAUUGAACGAGUUCUGCGUUAAAUUCUUCGGUCCACCGGGCACUCCGUACGAGGGUGGCGUAUGGCGCGUACGUGUACACUUACCAGACCACUACCCCUUCAAGUCACCCUCCAUCGGCUUCAUGAACAAAGUGUACCACCCCAACAUCGAUGAAGUCUCUGGAACCGUAUGCCUUGACGUCAUCAACCAGGCCUGGACUGCCCUUUAUGACUUGUCAAAUAUAUUCGAGUCAUUUCUACCACAACUGCUCACGUACCCGAAUCCGAUCGACCCGUUGAACGGCGACGCUGCCGCCAUGUACCUGCAUAAACCUGAGGAGUACAAGAAGAAGGUCUCAGACUAUGUCCGGAGAUUCGCAACUGAAGAGGCUCUGUUAGAAAAAGACGCCAUUACCGGAAUGGGCGGGGCCACGCCGGCGUCGUCAGGCACCAAAACCUCGAACGGAACAGCGAAUAACAAUGCAAGCGAGACAGAAAGCUCAAUGAGCGAUUUCAGCGACGACGAAGCGCAAGAUAUGGAGUUAUAACGUAAGUUACCCCAUAUAGAGAUUCGCGCUUGCUCACUCGCCACUGCCGUUGUUUAAAUUGUCUAUGGUCUGUAUUGUCUAUGGCACGGUCUAGUCUAUGCCGAGUGUAUUUGUAGCCUAUAACCGAAUAAAAAUUGUAUACCCAAUAAAUGAAUCACUCCGUUUGAAAUUACUUUUCGGAUAUCUUCUCGCGUAUAUUAAGUUGAUAGAAUGAAACGCAAAACGAGAAUCUUCUAUCCAGCUUGUGGCAUCAUGGAUGUGUUUUGUGGUAAAGUUUUGAUAAGAAAAUUUAUUGUUAACAGUUCUGUUUGUGUCUACAAUCUUUAUUUGGUUAUCAAUUUUUCUUCUUAAUGAUUUUUAUAAUGUUUAUAGCUGCGUGAAUAUGUGUUUAAUGUUUCUAUGAGAAGUGAAUUUAUUAGAUCUUUUACAUAUUUUUAUAUUAAUCUUGUGAGUAAUGAAUAUCAGUCUGUGAAAGUCUUACACUACUGUUAACUCGAGGCUAAGCCUCGAAGAUUGUGCGGGAAAGUCUUAAUGUGUUGAAAACAUGAUUCAUUAUGUAUUGCAUCGAUAGAGGCUGUCUUGUACAAAAAAAAUGGCUUUAAUAAUAAUCGUAUUGUCAAAAUGACAACUUAUCACCUCACUAUUUCUUAUUCAUCGACCAUAGACAAUACAGACAAUAAAAUGUAUUUUUAAUCUGUAAUAAAAUACAGAUGUCGUGUUUGCUGCCUCACAAAAAAAUAUCUGAAUUAUAAGACAUUAUAUUUUAUGGACCACUAUUGCCAAUUUUAGAGUGUUAGUUUUUAAUUAGCAACGGUUAUGUAUGCUCAGAGUAUAAAUUUAAAAGUAUACAAAUCGGCAGCGAACAUGACUCGAUGUGUGUUCUAUAAUCUAUGGAAAGGAAAGAAAACGGUUAUAAAUAACCACCUUAAAAUUUGUCUUUUAAACUAUUUAGUCGUUGGUGUGUUAUGGAAAGUGUCUAUGGAAAAUUAUUAGGAUUGUAUGUACGGCUUGUCUUUGAUCAUUAUAGUGUAUUACGCUUAGCAGCAAUAUGAUAGGAAAAAAGUGUUCACGAUUCGUAUCUCCUAAUAUUGUUUGGAUAGAUGGCUUGGAAUGUCGACGAAGGGAAAUUAACGUAGGCUAUGUUUAAUGUAAAUGUAUGGACAUUUAAACCUUAGAUUUUAAUUAUGUAUAUGGCAUGCUAACAUACUCUAAACUUUUAAAAUAUUACCACUUUAUCAUCUGUAAUUUAUUACCAGUAAAGCGGCAGCAACGGUCGUGGGAGUGAGCGAGAGGUAGCACUUUGUAAAUAACUUUAAAUCUGUCCCCAUAGUAUAAAUAUAACAAAUCGAUAACGGAGUCCGUUCGCCGGGACUAGAGUCACUUUAUAUCUCAUAGUUAUUUAAUUAUUUUUUAUGAUAGUUUUAAUUUUGAAGCAAUGAUGUGUCAUGUUUUAUUGUGUUAUUGUCCAUCUCCCUCUAUGACAUCUAUGUAUUUGUAACAAUAUUUUGUUAAUGGCAACACUAUAAAAAGUUUAGAUUGUCUAUGCUUCGGCCAGGGUUGACUCUAAAAUUGUGCGUUCACAUUAAUGUUAAAUACAAAAACUGUGAUUAGUUUCUAACUUUGUUUAUGGAAAAUAUGUCAAUUUGUCGUUAAAGAGGUUGAGAUAUCGUAAAGCUGUACUUAGUAUAAUUGCGCCUUCGUUUGUUGCUUGUAGAUUUUUUUUUAAUUCGUAUAAUGUGCUCUAUCAUCGUUCAACAUCGCCGUUCUUUAACAGAUCCAUUGUAAUUGUAAGCUCGGUAUGUUUAUUAGUAUGUAUUUUUUAUGAUUUUUCUUAUAUUACAGUCUAGAUUUACAAAAUGAAUCAUUAUUUCAUGCUGCUAUUAAAAUUAUUUUAAUUUGAGAGAGAAUUGAUUAUGCAUUCAUAUUGAACUUAUAGCUAAUCUUCAGUUUUUUUUAUAAUAAUAUAUUGUUUCAUUAUAAAUAGUACAUUAUUUUUAUAUGUCUGGAUAGGCGGUGUUGGAAACCAGAAGCAGUGUUCUCUCACCAAAUAAUUUAGCAUUUUGUUCGUAUGUAACUUGGCGAUUUCAAGCGUUGACGCUAUGCUGACCUGCCAAUGUUGUCUUGGCCGCUUUUGUAAUGUUCUUACUGGCAACACCGGAAUGCAGUUGUCGAUUGUAUCCUUUAUCGAGUAAUGGCAACACUAAAUCGACAAUGGAACAGCUCAAAUUUACAGGUGUUUUUAUUUUGAUUGUUGCGUUUUCGAGUAAUUUCUUUUGGAGAUUUUAUUCAGAUAUUAAAUGUAGACUAUGUACACGAGCUUUAAUUAUGUUUUUGUUAUAUGUAUGUUAGCACAGUGUUGCCAUCUCGCUGGUUGUUUAAUUCGAAAAUAUUGUAAAAUAAGUAAUGUUAAUUACAGCAAUCCGUAUCAGUAACUUUAGUGUUUGUUAAAAUGCUCAUAGUUAUCUCAAAGUUCUAAAUACUAAUGAAUAGUUACUGGCACAGUUGAAUAUUGUUAUCUAGUGUUCCGUCAUGUUACAGAGGUAUGAAAGAAGAGCAUUACAAAACAGAUCUCUGAUAAUUGACACAUUGCGAACUUAAAGUAUUGCAAUCGUCACAUAAAUGUAAGCUAGAUUAUAAAUAGAUAUAACACGAAGAAUUAUAUUAAUAUUAUAGACAUUUAUCUACGCCAUAAUAAUAUAUUUUGGUAUAAGGAAGUUAACGUAUAAAAAAAAUAAUUUUAACCUUGGGUUGGUUUAGGACCAGUUUAAGUUAAUUUAACGAAAUCCCGUCUCUAAUGUUUCUAGCCUUAAAGUACAUAUCUGAAAAAAAAACUAUUUUUAUGAGUGCGUUAUAUUAUCAUUAAAUUUUAAAUUAUCUCAUAUAUAUUAUUAUUUCUCAUUGAUGUAUUAGAGACUAAAUAUAUUGUCUCAAUUUUACUACAAUUGGAAAUUAUACUGAGAAUUCAAAUUGUCAAGAAUCUGGACAUGUAUAGAUAGGUUUUCUCUAUCACAC